AACUGAACCCACUGCCAUUUUUUCUGCAAGCAAAGCAUCUCUCUCUCUCUCUCUCUGCGUGAGUGUGUGUGUGGGUCUCUCUGACCAAAACCUACGCACCACUGGCGCAACAUGGCGACCCCUCUCUUCCCCUUCUUUGCCAACAACGCUCUCCGACGGUCUCUUCUAACCUAAGCCCCCACUGCGCACCAUUCCCUUAACAUUAACCUCCACCAACAACAACAAACCUCACUCAAAGCUUGAAACUUUACACAUUUCCUUUCUCUUUUCCUUCCACAGUAGAAACUAGUUUUCCUUCCAUGGCUUUAUUAUCAACUGCUGCAUUUUCCUUCCUCUUCUUGCUAUUGUUCUUAUUACAUUCACCUCUGCUGUCGUGCGCCGCCGCCGGCGACCGCAGUGCCGAAGUCGAGGCGCUGACUUCUUUCCAGCUCAACCUCCACGACCCGCUCGGCGCGCUAAGCGGCUGGGACGGCGCGACGCCGUCGGCUCCAUGCGACUGGCGUGGCGUCGGGUGUACGGACGGACGGGUCGUUGAGCUCCGACUGCCUCACCUCCAACUCGGCGGCCGACUCAGCGACCGCGUCGGCGACCUCCGGAUGCUGAAGAAGCUCAGCCUCCGCGACAACUCCUUCAAUGGCUCCAUUCCUCGUUCCCUCUCGAAAUGCACGCUUCUCCGGUCGGUUUUCCUGCAGUACAACUCAUUCUCCGGCAAUCUACCACCGUCGAUCGGGAAUCUCACCGAGCUACAAAUCCUCAACGUCGCUCAGAACCGUCUCUCAGGCGACAUUCCCGUUAAUCUCCCCGCCUCUCUCAGGUACCUAGAUCUUUCCUCAAACUCGUUCUCCGGCGACAUUCCAAGGAGCAUCUCGAACAUUACGGAGCUCCAGCUCUUAAACCUUUCCUACAACCAGUUCGCCGGAGAGAUUCCGGCGAGCUUGGGCGAGCUCCAGGAGUUGCAGUACCUCUGGCUGGAUCACAAUCUAUUAGAAGGAACCUUGCCUUCGGCCAUAGCAAACUGCUCGUCGCUUGUUCACUUAAGCGCCGAAGGGAACGCGAUCGGCGGCGUGAUUCCGGCGGCGAUCGGAGCCUUACCGAAUCUCCAGGUGCUCUCUCUCUCCCAAAACAAUCUCUCUGGUUCAGUUCCGUCGUCGAUGUUCUGCAAUGUUUCGGUCUAUCCGCCGUCUCUUCGGAUCGUCCAGUUAGGGUUCAAUACCUUCAGGGACAUCAUUGCUCCCGAGACAGCAACUUGCUUCAGCAGCCUUCAAGUUCUCGAUCUCCAACACAAUCGGAUAGAAGGAGAGUUUCCUUUGUGGUUAACUCAGGCUCAGACCUUGACAAGACUGGAUUUCUCAGGAAAUUCUUUCUCCGGAAAAAUUCCUCAAGAAAUUGGGAAUCUCUCGAGGUUGGAGGAGCUAAAAAUGGCGAAUAAUUCCUUCUCCGGUUCUGUUCCGCAGGAGAUCAAGAAAUGCAGCUCAUUAUUGGUCCUUGAUCUCGAAGGAAAUCGGUUUUCCGGUAAUAUCCCGGCGUUUUUAGCCGAUUUGAGAGUCUUGAAAGUGUUGGCCAUUGGCGAGAAUCAGUUUUCCGGUUCGAUUCCAGCGAGUUUUCGCAAUCUUUCGGAGCUUGAGACCUUGAGUUUGAGAGGUAAUUUGUUGAGUGGGGCCAUGCCUGAGGAUGAGCUCAUGGGCUUGAGGAACUUAACCACAUUGGACCUCAGUGGGAACAAGUUCUCAGGUGGAAUUGCUGCAAGUAUUGGGAAUCUGAGCAUGUUAAUGGUUUUGAACCUGAGCGGCAAUGGCUUUUCGGGUCGGGUUCCGGCGAGCUUGGGCAAUCUUUUUAGGCUGACCACUCUUGAUUUGAGCAGACAGAACCUCUCUGGUGAGUUGCCAUUUGAGCUCUCUGGCUUACCCAAUCUGCAGGUUAUUGUAUUGCAAGAGAACAUGUUAUCUGGUGAUGUUCCUGAAGGUUUCAGUAGCUUGAUGAGUUUGAGAUACUUGAACUUGAGUUCCAAUGCAUUUUCUGGUCACAUUCCUUCCAACUAUGGCUUUCUUCGGUCUUUAGUUGUACUCUCAUUGUCCGAAAAUCGCAUUUCAGGGUCGAUUCCGCCGGAGCUCGGUAAUUCCUCUGGUCUCGAAGUUCUACAGCUCGAAUCGAAUUUGUUUACAGGGCCCAUACCGGAGGAUCUCUCGCGGCUCUCGCACUUGCAGGAGCUUGAUUUGGGUGGCAACAACCUGACGGGCGAAAUCCCGGAGGAAAUCUCCGAAUGCUCGUCGUUAACCACUCUGCGACUGGACUCAAAUCGCCUUUUGGGUGGAAUACCGGCCUCAUUGUCCAAGCUAUCGAAUUUAAGUACAUUGGAUCUCUCUAACAACAACUUGACUGGGGAGAUUCCUGCUAAGCUAUCACUAAUUCCUGCCUUGGUGAACUUCAACGUUUCAGGGAACAAUCUCGAAGGCGAAAUUCCGGAAGUACUCGGUUCUCGAAUCAAGAAUCCAUCAGCAUUUGCAAAUAAUCGGAACUUAUGUGGGAAGCCGUUGGAUAGAAAGUGUGAGGGCGUACUAGAUAAGGAUAGAAAGAAGAGACUGAUUUUGCUAAUAGUUGUGGCUGGAAGUGGGGCUUUACUACUUUCUCUGUGUUGUUGCUUCUACAUUUUCACCCUCUUGAGAUGGCGAAAGAGGCUGAAACAAAGGGCGUCCGGCGAGAAGAAAAGAAGCCCGGCAAGGGCGAGCUCUGGAGCCAGCGGCGGCAGGGGAAGCACAGACAAUGGAGGCCCAAAAGUCACCAUGUUCAACACCAAGAUCACACUCGCGGAGACAAUUGAAGCAACCAGGCAAUUCGAUGAGGAAAAUGUGCUAAGCAGAACACGCUACGGAUUGGCAUUUAAGGCCUGCUAUAACGACGGAAUGGUCCUCACAAUCCGCCGCCUCCCGGACGGAGUGCUGGACGAGAACAUGUUCCGAAAAGAGGCCGAAUCCAUCGGCCGAGUCAGGCACCGUAACCUCACGGUUCUCCGCGGGUACUACGCGGGUCCACCUGACUUGCGCCUCCUAGUCUACGACUACAUGCCAAACGGCAACCUCGCCACGCUCCUCCAAGAAGCCUCACACCAAGAUGGCCAUGUCCUCAAUUGGCCAAUGCGGCACCUCAUUGCGCUCGGCAUCGCCCGGGGCUUGGCAUUCCUCCACACCUCCUCGAUUGUCCACGGCGAUGUCAAGCCGCAAAAUGUCCUCUUCGAUGCGGACUUCGAAGCCCAUUUGUCCGAUUUCGGGCUCGAACGCCUCACCAUUGCCACCCCAGCUGAGGCCUCAACGUCCACGACGGUUGGGACAUUGGGCUACGUCUCUCCAGAAGCUGUACUAACAGGAGAAAUCACCAAAGAGUCCGAUGUUUACAGUUUUGGCAUCGUUUUGCUCGAGCUUCUAACGGGAAAAAGACCUGUAAUGUUCACCGAAGAUGAAGACAUUGUCAAGUGGGUGAAGAAGCAACUGCAAAAGGGCCAAAUCACCGAGUUGUUAGAGCCGGGCUUGCUUGAGCUUGACCCUGAAUCCUCAGAGUGGGAAGAGUUCCUCCUUGGAGUCAAAGUCGGGUUGCUUUGCACUGCACCCGACCCGCUCGACCGGCCCACAAUGUCUGACAUCGUGUUCAUGCUCGAAGGGUGUCGGGUGGGGCCUGAUAUUCCGUCUUCCGCCGACCCCACUUCUCAACCGUCGCCGGCUUAAUCCUAAACCCGAAACCCAAAACGAUAAUAUUGUCAAAGAGACAUUUAACAAUUUUUUGGCUUUUUAUUUGGAAAUGUGCUAUUUCUUUUUAAUCCUUUUCAAGUUGUAUUAACUGUAGUCUAGUUUUGGUUGUUUCGUUCUCAUUGGCGUUAGUUUCUCCUUUGAUUUUUUUUUUUUUUGUGACGGCAUCGAGGGAAAAGUGGGGACCACGUAGAUUGAGCAAAAGUCCAAGUGUUUCGGUCAACGACGUAGACAAAC